AUGGGAGCCCCGGCGGGGCUGCUUCUGGGGGUCGUGGGCUUGCUGAGGUUCCUGGGCACCCACGGCUACGACGCAGAGACCUGCGGAAGACGGCCCCUAGCCCCCAGCCACGGCGGCACAGUGCGGAUCGUGGGGGGCGUGGACGCCCUGCCCGGAGCGUGGCCCUGGCUGGUCAGCAUACAGAUCCCGUCCCCCAAGGGCCCCCGGCACUCCUGCGGAGGGUCCCUCCUGGCCCCCACCUGGGUGCUCACUGCGGCCCACUGCUUCAAGACCAAGAGGAGGUACCUGGCGAACUGGGAGCUGGUGCUGGGGGCGGCCGAGCUGUCCCGGCCGGGCCCCGACGCGGAGGUGCGCUUCCUCAAGCGGGUGGUGGAGCACGAGCGCUACCAGCCGCAGCGGCAGGGCAACGACAUCGCCCUCAUCGAGCUGGACGACCCGGUGCUGUGCAACGACUACAUCCAGCCCGCCUGCCUGCCGGACCCCGCCGUGCCCGUCUCCGCCAUGGCCCACUGCUACAUCGCGGGCUGGGGCUUCACGCAGGAGAAAUCCGCCAUCCUGAGGCCAAAGGCCCCGUCGGACAUCCUGAAGGAGGCCAAGGUGGACCUCAUCCCCACGGACAGGUGCAACGGCAGCAACUGGUACUUCGGCAGCAUCACCGCCAACCACCUGUGCGCCGGCUUUGAGGGGGGAGGCAUCGACACCUGCCAGGGCGACAGUGGCGGGCCGCUCAUGUGCCGGGAGGAGCGCUCCGAGCGCUACUGGGUGGUCGGCAUCACCAGCUGGGGCCAGGGCUGUGCGCGCGCCCAGAAGCCGGGCGUGUACACGUCCACCCAGGUCUUCUACGACUGGAUCCAGGGCUACACGAGGGAAGAGCCCCUCGCGAAGAGCACCCCUCCGCCCACCUCCGAGGCUGCGCCGCCGCCAGUGGUGCUGUCUGAGCCAACGCCCCAGACGCAGACGCCCGCCUCCAGCCUGCCCACGCAGACGCAGGCAACAGCCCAGCCGUCGAGCGCGGCGCAGCCAGCAUCCAGGGGGACCACGAGCCCACCGGCCGUCCAGCCGCAGCCGGUGACCCUGGUGCCGCUCCCCGCGGUGACGGCGUCGCAGACGGCGGCAUCCUCCGAACCGACACCGCAGCCGCUCCCCGUCCAGCCAGAACCGGUGACCCUGGUGCCACCCCCAGCGGUGACGCAGACGGCGGCAUCCUCCAGACCGACACCGCAGCCGCUCCCCGUCCAGCCGCAGCCCCCGGCGCUGCUGCACUCGCCCAGCCAGCUGCAGCCUGACCUUCACACCGCGCCCCAGCCCAAGCUGACGCCCAGAGCGGUGCUGCGGCACGUGGUGCUGGUGGGGAAGCAGCCCGCGUCCAUGGCAGAGGUCCAGCAGAUGGAGAACUGGGCCCAUUCCCACCCCGAGGCCACACCUGCGCCACCCACCACCACCAGCGCCACCACCAGCACCACCAGCGCCACCGGCGCCACCAGCGCCACGACCUCGCGGCCCCCCCUGCCGGCCCCACGCCAGAAACCCAAGCGGCGAAAGCAAACCAUCAUAUCCGGCACCUAUUACGGCAGCAGCGCGGAGCAAGGCUGGGCCAGCAAGUGGCCCCGGGCAAAGUCGCGGUCCGGCGCGAUGCGGUGGCUGCCGUUCCCGCUUUUGGUCCUUUCCCUGUCCUGGCCCACGCGUGCCGAAGACAACCUCUGCAACGGCAUCUGCGGCAGGCGUCCCCUGGCACCCAGCCAUGGCGGCACCAUGCGCGUCAUCGGCGGCACGGACGCGCUGCCGGGGACCUGGCCCUGGCUGGUCAGCAUCCAGAUUCCCUCACGCAAAGGGUUCCAGCACGUCUGCGGAGGGUCCCUCAUCAGCUCCCGCUGGGUCGUCACUGCAGCCCACUGCUUCCUGAAUAAAAAGUUCCUGGAGCACUGGAAGCUGGUGAUCGGGGCCACGCAGCUCUCGCAGCCGGGCCCCGACGCGCAGGAGCGCACCAUCAAGAACCUGGUGGAGCACGAGCAGUACAGCCUCCGCACACACCUGAACGACAUCGCCCUGAUGGAGCUGAGCCACCCGGUCAACUGCAGCGACUACAUCCAGCCGGCCUGCCUGCCCAGCACCGACCUGGAGCUCUCGUCCCUGACCCACUGCUACGUCAGCGGCUGGGGAGUGACGGACACGACCACCGUUCUCCUUGCAGAGCCCACCCAGACGGCCGACAUCCUGCAGGAGGCCAAGGUGAACAUCAUCCCGCUCGAGACCUGCAACAGCACCACCUGGUACAACACCAAGAUCCACUACAACAACAUCUGCGCGGGGCACGAGCAAGGUGGCAUCGACAGCUGCCAGGGCGACAGUGGCGGCCCCCUCAUGUGCCGGGAAUCGCGGUCCGAGCGCUUCUGGGUGGUGGGCGCCACCAGCUGGGGGUCCGGCUGCGCCAACGCCCGGAAGCCCGGGAUCUACACCUCCACCCAGCACUUCCUUGACUGGAUCAAGGGGGUCACCAAGGAGGACUUCCUCAAGCCCCCUGCCCCACUCAGACACCCGAAGCCGACGCCAAAGCAGAAGCCGACCUGGAGGCCGUGGAAGCCGCCGGGGACCCAGCAGGCGGGGGGCUGGGCCAACGCGUGGCACAACCCUACGAGGCCCGCCUCCACCCAUGCGUCCACCUGGCGCACGUACCGGACGAAAGCCCCGCACCUGCUGGGAUGGCCGCAGACCCAGCCCAGGCCCACGGUGGCCCCCGUGCUGACCACCCAGGCCCCCUGGCCACAGCCGACCCAGGCCCCCUGGCCGCAGCCGACCCAGGCCCCCUGGCCGCAGCCGACCCAGGCCCCCCCGCAGCCGCCCCUGUGGGCCUCCCAGAAUGCCUUCCAGCAGGGCUGGGCGGCGCCGGCGCCACAGCCCACGCUCACCCCCCAGCCGUACCAGUACUGGACCCAGUGGCAGCCCGCCGCCUCUGCCCCUGCGACGGCAUACCCCGCCCUGACCUAUAGCAGGAAGUGGAAGUUCGGGCUGACCAGACCCACCCAGCGAACGUGGGCCACGUACCCAGUGGCGACGCAGCCCGUGUGGCAGACGCAGAAGUGGGGCUGGGCCAAGCCCACAGCCCACAGCGACUACUACUGGCUCCCGAAGUGGACCAAGCGCCGGCACUAG